CGCCGCCGCCGCGGAGUGCCGAUAGACAGGCCGAGGAAACCGAAAAGAAGUGCCUUUCGACUCGCCGCGAGUCAGCUGAGUCGGCUUUGGCGGCAGCGAUGUAAGCGGUUCUCCGGCCAGCAAUCGUCGGUCUGCAAUCAGGAAGGAAGCAGCUUCGCAGUGCGAUCUUCGAUCCCCGAGCCAUGGACUAUCUUUGCAUACUGAAUGCCUUCGAGCAGAACUACUACAACCGCGUCAAGGAAAUCGAACGCUUGGCCGCAGCAGCAGCUGCCGCCUCCUCGUCGUCACCCGCCUCAUCCGCCUCGCCCACCUCCUCCACCGCAUCCACGUCCUCGGCAUCCUGCCUGAAUGGCCCCUCAACUUCCUCGACCGCCUCCUCCACGGCCAGUUCGCCAAGUACGUCUGCGCGAGAGGUGGCCCAUGCAGCCGCUGCUCUUGCUGCCUCUCAAAGAGGAAUGAUAUACCAGCACCACCGCCAGCAAAUGGAACAGCUGGAGCAGCUGCAUCAGAACCACCCCCUACGACCUGGCUCCAGCGCACACCAGUCCCAGCCAGCCUCGGAUCCGAAUUCCACCAACAUGGCCAACAGUCUACUCUGGCAGCCCUGGCGCGAUCUUCAGCAGGCCGCCGCCAUGCAUCACCAGCUCUACAGGCAGCAGCAGCAGUUCCAGAAAGAGAUGCGUGUCACAGCCAAAGAGCUGCCCACUACCAAGUGGCGACGGGAGCGGCGCCAGCGCACAGCCGAAUACCAGGUCCACGACGCAGUCAGUAACGACCGGGAGCGAGAGCGAGAGCGGGAGGAUCGGGAUAUGGACAGUCUUGAUAUGUCGGUGUCAUCCGGGACGUUGAAGCACCAGCUUCGCGCCUCCCCUCCGCCCUAUCGCGAGCCAUUGCCCGGGACCAACUAUGCGGCCAACAGCAGGCCCAGCGUCAUCACCCAGGCACCGCCGAAGCGGGAGCCGCCGGAGCAGGCCCAUCCCUCAGACGUGGCGAUGCCCGAUAUCGACGAGCAUUUCCGGCGAUCGCUGGGCGAGAACUAUGCUGCCUUGUUGUCCAAUAAACCGCCAACUCCGAUGCCAACGCCAACACCAUCGCCUGGAGUGACCCCCAAGCAGCAGGCCUCGCCGCUGGCCCACGGACCGCCAGUAGCUUCGCACCACUAUCAGCAGCACCGCUCACCACUGGCCUUGGCCGUGCUGCACUCGCCUAUUCUACGGUCAAGACCGGAGUCCCCGCAGCUGGAGCUUCCACCGCCGCAGGACGAACCGCUGCCCCUAUCGUUGGCAUAUCGAAACCAGGCGCCUCUGUCUCCGCCGCCCUCGGCGACGGAAGCGGGUCCAGCGCUGGCAACGACGGACAGCGGGGUUAUGGAGCCGGCCACACCCCACCACACGCCGCCCAGAUACAAUACUCCGUCGCCGGCGUAUGCAGCCAACAGCAGCGUGCCAGGCGGAGCCGUUGGGACACCGACACCGAACUUGACCACAACGCCGACCCCGUUCCCGAAUCCCACUCCAACUGCCACUCCGAAUCCGAUUCAGCCGACCAGUCAGCUUCCGACGACGCCCUCCAUGCCGGCGAUUAUUCGCGUUAAGGCAGAGCCAGGACUUGCGGCCGCCGCCGCCUCUUCGACGCAGACGCCGCCCGCCUCGCCCACAUCAUCCACGAACAUCUCGAUAUUCACCAAGACUGAAGCCUCUGUCGACGACCACUUUGCCAAGGCUCUGGGCGACACCUGGAAGAAGCUGCAGGGCGGGCACAAGGAGUAGGAGUAGGACUCCCCCAGGAUACUGAUCCCGAUCCCGAUCCCGAUUCCGAUCCCGAUCCAACUCAAGAGCUGUUUUUAUUAUAAAUAUUUCAAACUACACAAUUAAUGUUUAUAGAUCUCAUGCUGAUGUGAACGGAAAUUCUUCAACUGCGAGUGUAUUACAAGUUUCUGAUAAAUAUGAUUUUAUUGAAUAUUGAUAAUAUCGAUAAUGAUAUCGGUAGCACACGGAUAUAUGAUAUAUGUGUAUUGCAAAGUGUAUACGUACAAGUGACAAAAUUUUGUAUUCUUAAUGCUUAGUUGGUAGAGACUAAUCCUUAAUAAUAUACACCUAUUAAACAUAAGUGAACAA